GCGCAUGCGCAGAUCGCGCGCCGUUAGCAGCAGCGUUUCCUGCUUUGCUCUUUCCUCCUGAAGCAAUGGCAGAAGUGAAAGCUUCCGUGAUUUGUGGAGUUCUAGCUGCUUUCUUGUGCUCAGCGGUGCUUGGUUUUGUUGAAGACCUUGACGAAACGUUUAAGGACACCAGAGAGAAUGAUGUCUGGCUGGUUGAUUUCUACGCGCCGUGGUGCGGUUACUGUAAAAAGCUGGAGCCAGUAUGGUUGGAGGUGGGAGCAGAGCUGAAGAGCUCCAGGUCACCAGUACGUGUUGGAAAGAUGGACGCCACUGCUUACUCUGGAAUGGCGUCAGAGUUUGGCGUUCGAGGUUACCCCACGAUAAAAGUGUUAAAGGGCGACCUUGCCUACAGCUACAAGGGACCCAGAACAAAAGACGAUAUUGUGGAGUUUGCCAACAGGGUGGCGGGACCAGCCGUUCGGGCUCUUCCCAGCAAGCAGAUGUUUGAGCACAUGUUUAAGCGGCACAACGUUCUUUUUGUGUACGUCGGCGCAGACUCUCUUCUUAAAGAGAAGUACAACGAUGUCGCUGCUGAACUUAUUGUCUAUACUUACUUCUUCUCGGCUUCAGAGGAAGCUUUGCCAGAGUCUGUGUCUUUGUCAGAGCUGCCGGCAGUCGUGGUCUUCAAGGAUGGAUCUCAUUUUACUUACGAUGAGUAUGAGGACGGCAGCCUGUCAUCAUGGGUGAACAGGGAGCGCUUUCAAGGAUACCUUCAGAUUGAUGGCUUCACGUUAUAUGAGCUUGGAGACACAGGCAAACUGGUGGCAAUUGCGGUCAUCGACGAGAAGGACCCCACUGAGCAGAGCGGCAGAUUAAAGACCUUGAUGCAGCGGGUGGCGAAGGAAUACAGAGAACAGUUUAACAGAGAUUUCCAGUUUGGCCACAUGGAUGGGAAUGACUACAUUAACAGCCUCAUUAUGGGGGAAGUGACAGUGCCCACCGUUAUCAUCCUUAACACAUCCAACGAGCAGUACUUCUUGCCCGGCGAGCCGAUUGAGAGCGUGGAGCAGCUGGUCCAAUUCAUCAGCAGCGUUCUGAACGGCUCUGCACAGGCGUAUGGGGGUGAUGGCUUCAUGCAGCGGAUCAAACGCGUGGCCUUUGAUGCCAGGUCCACCAUCAUGUCAGUUUUCCGCAGCUCUCCUCUACUGGGUUGCUUCCUGUUCGGCCUCCCGCUCGGCGUUAUCAGCCUGAUGUGCUACGGCAUCUGCACGGCAGAAUCGGAUGACAGCUUGGACGAAAAAAGGGAGGGCUUCACUGAUGAGGAGGAAGAAGAUGAGGAGGAAGAGGAGCAGCUACAAGCUGCUGAGCUGAAAGGCCCUGAAGAAGAGGAGGAUGUUGGAGAAAAGGAUCUGAAAGAGAAGAAAACUGAUUAAUGCAGGGGCAAACAGCGGAUGGAGGAUGAUUGGCUUAGUCAGCUGCAGUGACAUGAAACUCAAAGACAUACGUUUGUGAUGCUACUUUGCUCCUUUGUUUUUCAUCUCACUAAGCCCCUCCAGCACCGACUCAACUUCUACCUUUCAGUUCUUUGUAUCGGUGCGUUGGAUUGGCUGCCAGAAGCUUCUGAGUUAAAAAUAACAGCCUAUUCAGUUACAGAAUAUCGACAAAAUAUAAGAGAAGGGAUGGCUGUGAACAUACCACCUUAUUUAUUGAUAUUCAACCAAGUGAUGGGUUUCACUUGGUCUGAUAUUGUUACAUCAUUCGAAACCACUAAAAGAUGUUUGUCUUUUCAAAAGGUGUUUUGUUUUUCCUGCUUUAUGAUAAAAUCCUUAUCAGAUUUGAAACUCAUGCAACCUGUCUUUAAAAUUUCAUAGUAAACGAUUACACCGAAAUCUUUGCCUCAGUCCAUCAGUCUACAGCCCUUUUUUAUGUAAGUAUUUGUAUGUCUUGAAAUAUUUCACAUUUGUCAAAAACAGAUCAUUCUGGGACAUGGAUAAAUGAAAACCAGCUCAACAUGGGAAAUUAUUUCGGCCUUUUAAAAAGCAGUUUAACAAUCCUCACCCUAUUUUGUUACUGUAAGACAAGAUUUGUAGUAGAGUUAAUAGUUGUUCUGAGAAUAAAUUCUCUGAACUGAGCAGCAGGAUCAUUGCAGCUCCCCCAAAGCAGCCGAGGGCUGAUUGUCUGUCUCUAUAAUUAAUGCCUUCUUUGCCUGUCAUGUUAGGUCAGGUUAGUUAGACAACUCUACCCUCUAUACUCCUUCAUGAGGUGUUGAAAGCCUGGGAUGUGGUUUUAGGACCUAAGCCCUCUAUUUACUAAUAGGGGUGACCUAUUUUUUCCUAAUUAGGAAUAAUAGUGCACAUUUUUUAAAUAAAAAAAAAAAAAUCAGACAAUUUUCCUCCAUUCCAAACGGACAAACAACCUUUUUGUACGCAAUGUUAUUUCAGUAAAAAAAGAGAAAAAAAAUCCUGUCAGCUCACAGUUCAAGGGGUAUUGAUACUUUUGAAAGGGAUUGUAAACUGAAGAUGUUGUUAUUGUUUGUAGAAAGAAACAAGAAGUGCCCAAGGAGGAGGAAUCUGCCAUAGAAGUAAUGUGCUCUUUGCAAUGGAUGACAUUGCCUGAAAAACAUUUCUUUUUGUUGAACGGCUGCAAAGUGCCGAGACAGUCUUGCAUUUCGGCCUAUUUUUCUGUCAGCCACCUGUCCAUUUGGGUUGCAAGUUGACAAGAAGAUCCUGAAUGGUAAUUUGUAUCCCUCUCUAUGAUGCCAAAAAUACGUGCAAUUUUUUUUUUCCUUUUCUUUCAAAUCCAUUACCACCCAAAAAUGACCAACCUACUGAAAACAUCUUGUAUAGAUGGGUUCUGCCUGUCAAGCAAAAGCCAUAACAUGCAUCAAUGACUCCUGUGGCUCUGCUAACAACUCUUAUUCCUCAAAUAGACAGCAGCUGUCUGUUGGCAUGUUUCUUUCUUUCCUCCAUCACUGGUUCCUUUAUACAAAUUGCCUGGCAGGUGGAAGUUUACAUCCCAAUGCUGUGACAUGCACACUAAGCAUAAGAAACAUGAGGACCUUUUUUUUUUUUUUUUUGUAACAUCCUGUUUUUAAAAGGACUCCAGAGUGUUGAUCUUUUUUUCAUAUUUCUGUGACUAAAAUUUGUGAAUAAGGUUCAAUCCUUUGCAGGUUAUGCUUCAUCUUUUAUAUGUUACUUACUUUAAAUGUUGCUUUAUUUUUUAUGGAAAAUGAAUUGGUUUCACUUUGAGAUCAGCUUUAUUGCUUUGAAAAACAUUUGUUGCCCCGGAAAUAAUUUAGUUAUUUUUUCCCCCAAAAUACCACAGAUGAACAUUUUCUAGCACAGUUUUGUCUGACCGGUUUAAAAUAUUUAGAGAAUUGUACCUUUCCCUUUUGAAUUUGGAUAUAAAACUUUAAAGUAUCACUGUGGAAAUUAUAAGGCCAGUUAUAUCAUGUACUUUCCUAUUAUAGAGAUUGGAAACAGAAGUCUCUGCUUAUACUGUAGAUAAAAGCUGCUCACCGGCAGCCAAUUAGCAUAAACCAGAAGAAUGUCAGCUGCUGUUGAAAAUUUAAAACCUAUCCAGUAAAACUCGUCAGCACAAGUGGGCCAGAUUUUUUUCUUCCUUUUAACAGAUGGAGGUCAUCUGAAAUCUCUACUGUGAAACUGAGCUUCCCUUGCCUUGCCUUGCCUUGUGGUCUUUGUAGUUGCCUACUUUUCUUUAGCAAAUGUCCUCUUUGUUUGAUCCAAGAUUGUGGAACUUUGAGACAUUUAAAUGGUUUAAAAUAAAGAUUUCCUCCUUUUUUUGUUGGACUGAUA